GCAUGUUUAGCUACAUCGGCUAGCUUCCCUCUCUCAGUCAUGUGUGUUCAUCUCUUUAGCAUUUUAAGAAUGAGACGAGCAGCGUGAAUGUGAGAUCAUCGUUUCGAGACUUGCAAACUUAAUACUAACAGUGGUGGAAUUGUACUUUACUGGAGAACUGCACGUGAGCACAAGUUCGAGGUUUGUGCAGUGAUGGCAGCUUCCUUACCCCAGAAGCCGGGGAUGGCGGGGAUGCCCCCUCAGCAGCAGCAGCCCCACCUGCCGCCCAGCGCUGCCUCGGCCCAGGGGCAACAGCCCAUGCCCCCCCAGGGAGCCCUGAGAGAGAUCUCCCCAGUGUUCCUCUGUCGGAUCGGACAGGAGACCGUCCAGGAUAUUGUAACCCGCACCAUGGAGAUCUUCCAGAUCACACGAGCCACGCAACUUCCUAACGGUGUGACUCAGAGUCAGGCGAUGUACCAGGACCGCUUUGGGAAGCUGCAGGAACACCUACGGCAGCUGGCCCUGCUCUUCCGAAAGCUCCGGCUCCUGUAUGAACGCUGCGUGGAGAUGACCUCUGACUUGCAGGAGGGGCCAGCAGAGCUUGUGCCGUACGUUGGAGAUGAGCUGCUUACUGUCAGAGUGGAGCCCUGCGGUUCUGUUGUCAACCAGGAGAGAAAACAAGUUCUGGAGAAGGUGCGUCAGAAGAACCACGAGAUGAAGGUUCUGAUGGAUCAGAUGAGGAACCUGCUGUGGGACGUCAACGCCAUGCUGACGCACAGGAAAUGACUUCAUCCGAUCCGCUCGCUUCUUUUAAAGAGACAAACUCCUCCACAGCACUGACUGCGUGACGGCAAACACCACGUGAAAUAAGGGAAUUUCUGUUGGAUUUUGGAUAUUGAACUUUCCACUCGAGUGCACCUCCUUUGUGUUGGCUCAUUGUCACAGACGACUCACAACUUCAUGCGACAUCUUUUGUGAUGUUGAAACUCUGCUGGGGAAAAUUUAACUGACAUAGGAUGGGGCUAAAAGCUAAAAGAGGAAAAAAGCUUGUUUCAACCUGACACACUACUCAAAGAACUGUUCUUCUUGUUUUUGUACAAAGCGGCCGACAGCCUUUGUUGUGAUUGCUAGCAGUUAUUUUGUCACAGUGUUUAUUCCAAUAAGUUACAGUCCUCUUGUUUUCCACAAUAUUUAAAUCAUGAGUUGAAACCUGUGUCGCCUCAGGUAAAAACAGGAGGGAAAAAAACUUUGGUUAAAACACCAUAUUAACGGUGUUGAGCCCCCAGGUUGUGACUUGACACCAGACAGACUUGAAUUCACUGCAGGUAAUUUGUGCAGAAAGCCCAGAUGCUGAUGUGAUGACUCUGUUUACAAUGGGAACAAUCGCCCUUAUUAUACUCUGCCGCUUGUAAAAACACUAUGGGUUCAGAAUUCAAAUUAGCCCCUUGGCAGCUAUGUAUCUCAGGUGCUUUGUACAUAAGUCUGAGUGUGUGUGUGUGUCUGUAUGUGUGUGCAUGUGCUUAAUGAGAUUAGCUUCUUGAGAGUUUAGGCAGCACACCUGUUUACCCUGAGGGUUCUGAGACUUUCUUGUUUGUGAAUUUAUUUUUGUAAACUGUGGGACAAAAGCUAGGCUUACUGGGUCUUUUCUGUUUUUUUUUAAUAAAACAAAGUUUCUCAACA